AUGAAUAACUUUUCGGCUCACCCUCAUCAGACAAGCUCGCCAGCCUCCUCAAGUGGCACAAUCAAUAUUAAUCCACCGCCCUUGCCAGGCACAAGUUUGAGGAAAGAGCGCGGUGCCAUCGCCGCCCAGGCCUGUGAUACCUGUAGGGCUCGCAAGCAGAAAUGUGACGAGCAAAGACCAAAGUGCAGCACUUGCCAGCGAUUCAACGUCGAGUGUCACUACAGGGAACCACAGCCUACAAAGAAGGAUAAGACGUUGGUCGAAAUCCUUGACAAGCUCAAGGUCCUAGAUGUUCUCAAUGUCCUUGAGGACAAGAUUGACCACUUGAGUUCGCGCAUGGACCAUUUGUCGGCCACAUGUCAUCCAAACACCAACUCCGGUACCGCAACCCAGUUCGUCCCUACUCCUCCUCUCACCAUAUCCACUGGCCAUUCCAGUGGCAUCCACGGAACACAUCCUGCCGUAGCGCACCACCGUUCGCCAGAAGGACUAUUUGAUGGGGUGCCUCAUGAGCCUCCCAAUGUGGCCUCGCUCACCGAGAAUCACUACCAAUAUGUGUCUGCUGCGCAUCAGAUGCUGGCGUGGCCGGCAAUACAAGCUCACCUGUCGGCGAUUCAGCCCAAAUGCCUUAACCGAGACCUCAAGUCGAUUGCGCGUGAAGGUCCAGCAAUAGCACUUGGUUCUCACUUCUCAGGGAACCACACCAUACCCAUGAGCCUGCAAGAUGGCGACAACUUCAACCCCGCACCUGUCUUGGCUCCCUUAUCAGCCUUUGGACUGGACUGGGAUAUUAUGCAAACGUUGACCAAGGCCUACUUCGACACCGUCAACCUCCUGCAUCCCAUCUUGGACCGCCAUUCUUUCUUAACUCAAAUUCUUCCGACUUUGUUCAAGAACGGAGUCGAUCACACACUGACGUCCACCAUCGCCUUUCUUGUCUUUGCCCUAGGUGAGGUUGCUCUGGCCAGCUAUAGGGGCCCACCCAUCAACGCGUAUGGAGGACGGCCGAGUGGCAUGAGGGGAGGUUCCAAAAACCACCCACCUGGCAUCACGCUGUUCAACGAAGCGAGGAAACGUUUGGGGUUCAGUGUUACUGAGACGAGCCUCGAGAUGGUACAGGCAUACACAUUGGCUAGUACCUACUGCGCAACUUGCUCAUAUCCCAUGGGUUUCUGGAAAAUGAUCAGAGAGGCCUCGCUGGCCUGCCAGUCCUUGAUCAUGAUUAGCCCAGGCUCGCUCUCUGGUCCACAGGCAGACUUGCUUAGGAGAGCAUUUUGGCACUGUGCCGUUAUGGAAACUUGCCUCAACCUUGAGCUGGGGUUCCCACUCACAGGACUUGAGAAGAUGGAGAACGUAGUUUCCCUCCCUGACUUUAGUACCUGCUCCUCGAGAGACGAUUACAUCAGCAAUCAGGAGACGCAAUACCAAGAGCACUUCGCGUCUCACAUUGCUCUUAGGCGGUUGCUUGUGGAAUUCCACGGGACGCUCAGUCGGUCACCAUACAACACCACCGCUCCCAGUAGUAGCAGCACCCCGAAGACGAUCCGCCAUAUGGCAACGGACCUCGAGCGCUGGCGCGGUUAUCUGCCCCCUAACCUACAGUGGCAAGAAAACACACCCGGCGCCUUUCCGUCAAGCGCAACCACCUACAACGGUCCAAGCAUCUACAGCCCCGUUACGACAACGGCGACCACGACAACGAACAGCACUCCGGCCAUCUCACCCAUGCUUCCCACUCCCCAAACAGGCACCAUGUCAAUCAGCUCCGUCAGCUCGGCCGUUGGCGGCGCCUCCAUGCCGAGCAACGUCAUGCCUCAAUCCAUCGCCAGCGUCACAGCUUCAGGCCUCCGCUCCCCGCAGCUGUCACACGGACACCCAAUUCUCAACUCCGGCCUCGGCCUCCAACAACACCAACCGGUGCCCCAACCUCACAUGUUUACAGCCGACCUCGACGCUCCACCGGUCCGCUACCCGUACGCCCACGACGUGCAGGUAGCCCUCCUCCGCUCCCGCUACUACUACGCCAAAUACCUCAUCCACCGCCCCUUCCUCUACAAAGCCCUGCACCACCCGGACGCCACGACGCAAGACGACGCCGUUGGCGCCGCCGAGUGUCUCAAGGCCUCGCUGAAAUGGCCCAUCGCCAUGUCGCCCACGUGUCUGCACAAGCGGCUCGUGCCCUGUCCCUUCUUCUUCACGCAGAUAUUCUUUGGCAUCUUGGUUAUCCUGCAUAUGGUGCUGAGCGACAAGUUUCCGAUCUUGACCAAGAUCAAGGAUACGCUGUGCGGAGGAGAGAGGUUCGAGAUAGAGAUCAAGGAGACGGUGGAGUUGUACGUGGAUUGGAUUAGGGACUUGAGCGAUGUGGAACCGAGUGCGGUUUGGGAUUGGGAUGUUGUUAGUGCCAUGUUUGGGUUGGAGGGGAAUGGGUAA